UCUCUGUCAAGCCUGAAUUUAAAUUAAACCAGUGCCGCGAUGGUGAAGUGGACCGAUGGGGAGCGCGCGGUCAUCAGCAGCAUCUUUGCGCCACUGGACCACGAGGACGUCGGCCUUAAUUAAGGCUCUGAGCAGGUACGAAAUACUCUGAUUUGUUAAGUUAUUAACACACUCAUAGGGACACUGUCAACCCAACGGAAUCCUUCCGACAUCCUGUUCUCACCCUACAGGUGUCUGAUCGAUACCCGUGCUAAAGUACUGCACGGUUUGGACCGGGCCCUGAAGAACAUUGACAACACCAAGGCCGCUUAAACCGAACUGAGCAUCCGGCACUCGGAGGAGCUGCACUUCAGGGUGCUCUCUGACUGCCUGACCAUUGUCGUCGCCACCCAAAUGGGAGGCUCCUUUACACCAGAAACGCAGUUCGCCUUCCAGACGUCACUGGCCGUGGUGGUGUCCAUAGCUCUGGGAAAGCAUGUACCACUAAACCCAGCGGCAGAUUCCGCACCUGGACACCACGAAGGAGAUCUGACGUCAUGGUUAUACGGCCAUGGUCUCCUCAAUAAUGAAACAGAGUCAAGCUGAAGCAACGUUUAAUUGUUGUCCCUCUGUCUUUUAUUUCGGACGUGCGUAAUUACGCAAAACCACAGCGAGGGUUGGCACCGAUUGAGCAGAAGAUUUUCUAUUUUCAGAAUAGAAAAUUCAACAUAGUAUUCAAACAAAAUAAAUACACACAUCGGGUUAAUGAUUCAACUCAGUUUAUUUAAUGAUGAAUAAAGAUAUGCUCAGUAAAGCUAUAAUGCAUGCUUUAAUGCAUGCAUUACUGCGGGAUGUAUCAAAUAACAUAUGAAGUCACCAUCCGGCUUUAUGUGAUUAUUUGACAAUUAUCGAUUAAGGAAUGUUACUUUGUACAUUAAUUGAUAUGCAUAUACUAAAUUAGCAGUUACAUAAUGUUUGCACUUGCUCAGCCUUUCUGAAAACAGAACAUCUCAUAUAAAAAUGAAGCUCUUUUUGAUCAAACUGCUCAUCAGAUGCAAACACUUCCAUAAAAACGUCACAAAGGGUCCUCUUGGAUCCACCUAUGGGACAUAAAAUAUGAGUGACUUAUAAUUUAUUUAAAAAGCAAGAAAAAGGUAUAGUGGUUAAAUAGAUUACCUAAUUAUCUAACCCCAAACACUAUUUUAAUCUUAAAGGUUUGGAAAUGUUUCUCCGUAAAUGAUGCAAUAAUUCUUUAGAUUGUCAACUUUUCUUAGUUGAAAAACUAAGAAAAAAAACUACAAAAGUUUUCUAAAGUUAGCCAUGUGGCACAAAUUCAUGCUGUUUUCUUCAGCCCCAAGGACAGCUCCGUAUUUACUGAAGCAGCUCGGUAUUCUUUUUCGUUUUAAAGGUGAAACCAUUUGGACCAUGACUACUGUCAUUACCUGAUUAAUUAAUACUAUAUAUAUUUAAUAUGUUCAUUUACCUCACACCUUUCAACAAUGGCUACUUGAUUGGCAGCUUUCUCAUUGUUUUAUAAUUGGACAUAUUACUUCUGUUAUAUUUUUCCGAUUUUCAAAGACUGUUACAACUUAAGAAAGAAAUGGUAAACAAAAUCUGUAAUUAUUACUCAAAAGUAAUUUUUGCCCCAAUUUUCAAAAACAUUGCCCGAGUUGAAAAAUGCAAAGGCAUUUACACAUGUUCUAUAAGUAAAUAGACAUGCCAGACAUUUUUACAUAUAUAAGUUCAUUGUUGUAAUAAGGAUACCAACAUUACAAUAAAUAAAUAUAGGUGAACUGA